UUUAGGCCCGAAGUCACGUUCCUUGAGUUGAGUGUAAAACUGCUCACAUUUUAGAUCUUCCCAUUUAACAAUACUCACUCAACUACAAGCGACGACAUGGAAAAACGUCACUAACAAUUCUGCAACAAUCCAAAAUCUCCACUUUCGAUCCAAUUUCUUCAUUUCUACAAUGGAGGACGCCUAUGCCAGAUCCGUCUCCGAGGUUUUGGAUUAUUUUGGUGUGGACCCGGCCAAAGGUCUUACUGAUUCUCAGGUAGCUUUGAAUGCGAAAGUUCAUGGUAAAAACGUGCUGCCUGAAGAUGGAAGGACUCCCUUCUGGAAAUUGGUUCUGAAGCAGUUUGAUGAUUUGCUUGUUAAAAUAUUGAUUGCCGCUGCUGUUGUUUCUUUUGUUUUGGCUUUGAUUAAUGGGGAGACAGGAUUAACAGCUUUUUUGGAGCCUUUUGUCAUCUUAUUGAUUUUAGCUGCCAAUGCAGCAGUAGGGGUGAUCACAGAAACAAAUGCUGAAAAGGCUCUUGAAGAGUUGCGUGCCUACCAAGCUGAUAUUGCGACUGUGCUUCGAAAUGGUUGCUUUUCCAUACUUCCUGCAACAGAACUUGUUCCUGGUGAUAUAGUGGAAGUUAGCGUGGGAUGCAAGGUUCCAGCUGACAUGAGAAUGAUUGAGAUGCUGAGUGAUCAGUUACGUGUUGACCAAGCACUCCUUACUGGUGAGAGCUGUUCUGUGGAAAAAGAACUCAAGUCCACUACUGCAAUGAAUGCAGUUUACCAAGACAAGACAAAUAUCCUUUUCUCGGGUACAGUGGUGGUUGCUGGUCGUGCAAGAGCUAUUGUUGUUGGAGUUGGUUCUAACACUGCCAUGGGCAGCAUACGGGAUUCCAUGCUGCAAACAGAUGAUGAAGCAACACCGUUGAAGAAGAAGUUGGAUGAAUUUGGUACUUUUUUGGCCAAGGUUAUUGCAGGUAUUUGUGUGCUAGUAUGGAUUGUAAAUAUAGGACAUUUUCGUGAUCCUUCCCAUGGUGGGUUCUUGCGUGGUGCAAUCCACUAUUUCAAGAUUGCAGUUGCUCUUGCAGUUGCAGCAAUUCCUGAAGGGCUUCCUGCUGUUGUUACAACGUGUUUGGCUCUUGGAACAAAGCGCAUGGCUCGGCUGAAUGCCAUUGUACGCUCUUUGCCAUCAGUUGAGACUUUAGGCUGCACAACAGUGAUUUGCAGUGACAAGACAGGAACAUUGACAACUAACAUGAUGUCUGUCUCGAAGAUAUGUGUUGUUCAGUCUCUUCACCAUCAUCCUGUGAUUGCUGAAUAUAAUGUCAGUGGUACAACCUAUGCUCCAGAUGGCAUAGUUUUUGACAGCAGUGGGACACAGCUUGAUUUUCCAGCUCAGUUGCCUUGUCUUCUUCACAUGGCCAUGUGUUCAGCCCUUUGCAACGAGUCUGUCUUACAGUAUAAUCAUGAUAAAGGACACUAUGAAAAAAUUGGGGAGUCAACUGAAGUAGCAUUACGCGUUCUGGCAGAGAAGGUUGGCCUUCCUGGGUUUGAUUCUAUGCCUUCUGCACUGCACAUGCUGAGCAAGCACGAGCGUGCCUCUUACUGCAACCACUAUUGGGAAAACCAAUUCAAAAAGGUUUCUGCUUUGGAAUUCUCUCGUGAUCGAAAAAUGAUGAGUGUCUUAUGUAGUCGAAAGCAGACUGAGAUUAUGUUUUCAAAGGGUGCUCCAGAGAGUAUUAUCUCUAGAUGCUCUAACAUCCUUUGCAAUUUCGAUGGUUCCACUGCUCCACUGUCUGCUGCUAUUCAAGAUGAGAUAGAAUCAAGGUUCCACAGUCUUGCAGGAAAAGAAACAUUAAGAUGUUUGGCUCUGGCCAUGAAACAGAUGCCCACUGGUCAACAGAGCCUCUCUUUUGACGAUGAGAAGGACCUUACAUUUAUUGGGUUGGUUGGGAUGCUUGAUCCACCAAGAGAGGAAGUGAGAAGUGCUAUGCUUUCAUGCAUGACUGCUGGUAUACGUGUUAUUGUUGUCACUGGGGACAACAAGUCAACAGCUGAAUCCCUCUGUCGUAAAAUUGGUGCUUUUGAUGACCUGGAAGAUUUUGUCGGACGCUCAUAUACCGCAUCUGAGUUUGAAGAACUUCCUGCUUUGCAGCAAACAAUGGCUUUGCAACGUAUGGCACUGUUUACCAGGGUGGAACCUGCUCAUAAAAGGAUGCUAGUGGAGGCCUUACAGCAUCAAAAUGAAGUGGUGGCAAUGACUGGUGAUGGUGUUAAUGAUGCACCAGCUCUAAAGAAAGCAGAUAUAGGAAUUGCUAUGGGGUCUGGAACAGCAGUUGCUAAGAGUGCUUCAGAUAUGGUUUUGGCUGAUGAUAAUUUUGCUUCAAUUGUUGCUGCUGUUGCAGAAGGGAGGGCUAUUUACAAUAACACGAAGCAAUUUAUCAGAUACAUGAUUUCUUCAAAUAUUGGUGAAGUUGUAUGUAUUUUUGUGGCAGCUGUACUUGGAAUACCUGAUACCUUGGCUCCGGUCCAAUUGCUCUGGGUCAAUUUAGUGACUGAUGGAUUGCCUGCCACUGCUAUUGGUUUCAACAAGCAAGAUUCUGAUGUAAUGAAGGCCAAACCUCGCAAGGUGAAUGAAGCAGUUGUUAGCGGGUGGUUGUUUUUUCGUUAUUUGGUAAUUGGAGCUUAUGUUGGCCUUGCCACGGUUGCAGGGUUUGUAUGGUGGUUUCUAUACUCUCAGAGUGGUCCAAAACUACCAUAUAGUGAAUUGAUAAGUUUUGACUCUUGCUCAACAAGGGAGACAACUUAUCCAUGCAAUAUAUUUGAUGAUAAGCAUCCAUCAACUGUCUCCAUGACAGUGCUUGUUGUUGUCGAGAUGUUUAAUGCUUUGAACAAUCUGAGUGAGAAUCAAUCACUUUUCAUUAUCCCUCCCUGGAGUAAUUUAUGGCUUGUUGCUUCCAUCAUACUGACAAUGAUUUUUCACAUGCUAAUUUUGUAUGUGCAUCCACUAUCUAUUCUUUUCUCUGUAACACCAUUAUCAUGGGAGGAUUGGACUGUCGUUCUGUAUCUUUCAUUCCCUGUUAUUAUUAUUGAUGAAAUCCUGAAAUUCUUCUCACGAAAUGCGAAUGGCAUAAGGUUCAGAUUCAGAUUCAGAAGGCCAGAUUUACUCCCAAAGAGAGAAUCACGUGAUAAGUAGGAAGAGCUAUCUGCGUUAGAAGACAGUAUCGGGCAUGACAAGUUUGAUCAAUUUUCUCACCGAGUCGUACAGAAGAUAGUACCUUGCUCACCAUCAAUAUAAUAAAAACUCCAAUGAAUACCUGGCGUCCCCGUCCCUGUGUAGGCUCUCUGCAUGUUUAUUUAUACGUGAAGAUAGGAGUUAGCCAAUGAGUUAUUCUGCACACAUUCUGACAUCAUUUUAACCAACUACAACCUCAUCAUAGAUGACCAUCGUGUUGUAUCAAAAAAAAUCCCAAAUUCCUCCUGAUCAUGCCAGAGCUUUUGCAUACUAUUCCUUUUUUUGCAUCUCAAUGGAGGAAGCUUCCAUUUUUGUAUCAGUGAUUUUUCUAUUCUAUAAACUCAAACUGGUUGUACAAUUGUUGUGUUAAAUCUUCAUAGUUAGUGUGACAAGUAUCUUAUGUUUAUUUGAUAUAGAUAUUCAGAUCUCUUCAUUCUUCUA